UCACCAAGAUGGAUGUCCUACAAAGUGAAGGGGUGCGAUUCAUUAUAUAUUUACAAAACGCAUUCUCUGGCUUCACAAACCAGAUGCUGUUUCUAAGUCGUGUUGGAGAUCCCAGGAACUCUUUCUUGAUUUACUUUCCUGUAGCGUACCAUUUGGAUAAAGCUGUCGGUUUGAUGGUACUGUGGGUCGCUGUGAUAUCCGAAUGGUUGAACCUUAUUCUCAAAUGGUUUUUGAGAGGUGAAAGACCCUAUUGGUGGGUCAAUGAAAGUGAUGUUUGGAAAGACACUAAGCUGUUCCAGUAUCCAUUAACCUGUGAAACUGGUCCAGGCUCUCCUUCAGGUCAUGCAAUGGUAACAACAUCAGUUCUCUAUACCAUGAUGCCGAUAGUAACAACACAUUUUCUUUACUUCAUCAAAACCAAAGGUUCUUUACAAGAACGACUAAUCCAUGUCUGUUUGUGGUUUGCUUUUUCUGUGGUAAUAGCGUUGGUCUCUUUGUCAAGGUUAUUCAUUGCAACACACUUUCCUCACCAAGUUAUUGGAGGUGUUUUCGGUGGUAUUGCUAUCUCAUACAUAAGUCAAAAAAAUCUAGAUUUAUCAAAGUUUACAAGUAUUCAAAAAUGCAGCUUUGUUUCAUUCAUGCUUAUGWUUCUGUCUCUUGGUUUUUAUGAAAUUCUUUCWCRUGCAGUUUUUGAUCCUUCUGAAUCUGUUCAAAAAGCACAAAAGUGGUGUGCUGAUCCAUCUUAUAUCCAUAUAGAAACAAGGCCGUUUUAUGCCUUAGUACGAGAUGCUGGGUCAGUGCUUGGCAUAGGAAUAGCACACUACCUCGUAAACUCGUGUUUCAAACCACAAAGUUCACAGAAAAAAUCGAUUUUAUUCCGUGUCAUUCAGAUAUUCUUAUCUCUAACAUUAAUCCAAUUAAUGGAAACAUUGCAACCAUCUUUUAGCGAUGAAAUACUAUCUUAUUUAGUUGGCUACUUCAAAAGUAUGACUUUGGUAAUCAUAGUUGUAUAUGUAACGCCAUUUAUUAUAGCUUUUCUCGCAGAUGAAAGUGAUAGCAAACCCAAAGUGAAAUAAUGUUGUAAGAUGUUUUAUUAAUAUUUAAAAUAUAAUACAAUGGAAGUA